AUGAACUCGGGUCGCUGGGUUCACAGCGCGGCGCGCUGAUCGCUGCGCGCUGAUCGCUGCGCCACCGUUCCGCACAAGCGCCACAUUAACACGUACGUACCUGUCGCCUCUGCCAAUGCGAUAGGCCCUUGCAGUGGCAGAUGUGACGGAGCGCAAUGCAUCUAUAAAACACAGUGCUGCCACGUCAAAGAUAUUCCCCUCUCGGACCUGAUAAGUUGCAGCUGAGAUAAAUAUUGUUUAUAGGUCCUUCCGAAGCGAUGGAGCUGUUGGCCACGGACCAUAUUUUUGGAUCUUGCAUUGGGUGAUUAUCCGUUAUACGGUCUGUUCUGGAUGACCACAGUCGCACACACGACUGCAGAGUUCUUAUUUUUACAUUUGUGCACCAGGUAUCCAUCGUUGACCCUAUUGGUUUUACAAUAUCAUAGCAGAGCUUACGGAGAAGUGUUCCCCCUACCGAUUAAAAGGUCAGUAGGGGGCACACCGCUUGCCAUUCACCGCAACUUUGAAAAUAAGUUGUCACUUGCAUCGAAUCGUGGACCUCGAGUCGUGAAUUGCCCCACCCCUGGCAGGCAGAGGGAGGAGGCGGCAGAGGUGGAGUGGAGGUGCGGAGUGGGGUCAUCAAGUGCCACGGCAGAGCCCUCGUCGUGGCUUACGGAGGAUCGGCACGGCUGCCCUGGGUUCUGCUUCCAGAUCUGGGCCGUUCUGUCGUCACAUUCAGUGCCGUCGGGGUGUUCAGUUUCCCCUGAACAUCUCGUUACGGCGGGCGGCCAAGCAGCGACCUGCACGCCCGGGGUCUCGCCACUUACACCGUCGCACGUGGCUCGGCUAACCCCGGGCUCCGCGACAUCCUCGCCACUUUCCCCGCAGCAGCAGUGGCGGUGGCGGAGUUGGCACGAGUCGGAUCAUUGUCCGAGCACUGGGCAUUCACAAUUUAUUAACAUCGAUUCUUUCUUUUUAUAUAUGUGUGUGUAUAUAUAUACGGCAUUUUUACGGGUGAAUGUGCCUUUCUCAAUGUUAUCCCGAUCAUCGUAUGUACAGACAGACGUUAUGUGUGCACCAACUCGUGUCGCACCGCACGAAGCCGACCGUGCAAAUCGGAAGUGCAGGGGAAGGACAAGGAAACUAAACGUCAAAGAAAUGAACAGCAGCCCUGUCCAAGUCAUGCGAAGAGACAAAGGGACUGGUCCUAAUCUCUCUCUCUAUCGCGGAGAGGUGCAAGCCCCUCGUGUUUAGAGGGCAACCAGAGAGACGUGGCCGAGUGGCACAGAGGUCAGAGCGCCGAGCUGCUGUAACGGACAUCGCAGGGCGAUCUCUGAGAUCCCUCCCAAUAAUAAAAUAAUAAAAAUAUAAAACAAUACAAUUCUCACGACGUUUAGAUUGCAACACAAGCAAUCAUCAUCAGGCAUGAAAACC